AUCGUGUAAAUUUGACUUCAAAUCUAAACUAUCAAAUUUAUACUAUUGUAAGAAACAAAUAAUCUAAACGGUCGUUUUUCACAUAUAUUACGCGUGAUAUUUAUUUUUGUAUUUUUAUCGUGCAUCUGUCUUCUCAUUUUUGAAAUUAUGGUAAAUAUUUUAGUGGUUUAUUAUAUUUUUAAAAAUAUUGCUGGGCUACAUAGGUGGUGAUAGUUUCGUUCCAUAAUUUUACAACAAUAUUUAUUAUUUUGUCCAAUUUCUAUAAUGUCGCCGCCUUCCUCGGUAAAGACACGCGCAUAUAUAAAAAAAACUGAGUUUUGUAGUUUUUGAGUAUUGCUUCUUAUGGUUUCAAUGAUUAUGCCGAUAACGACUAUGCCCGUCCGUAUGUACUACUUCUACUUCAAAUCGCAAUCCACAAACAUACAAAUCCACGUUUCCGUCUCUUUAUAUAGUGUUUGAGAAACCAAAGAAACUUGUCUAUUCGAACAAUAAUAACAUUGUGCUCUGUUUCCAACCCGGCGUUGACAUGGCAACCGUUCGCCACACCAAACCCACCACCACAUUGGCUGCUUAUCUUGAUCUGGAGGACCAACAAACCCAAUCUUGCCCCACUUGUCGCUGCUCCACAAAUUCCGCCAUUUCUCUCCGGCCAAAGCCAGCUCUCUCUCGGACUGCGAGAGCCAUCGUCUUUGGUACGAUUCUGAUCAAAAGAGUUCGUGAGAGAAAAAUCCACCGUCAACCGAAAUCUGACGGUCGGAAGCGAAGUUUGUCGCUGGAUUCUGUAAGGGUUCCGGUAAAGGAAAACAGGGAAUUGGUGAAAAAAGAAUUGGACGGAAUUAAUCAAGAAAACAGAGAGAUUUCUCUUUCAUCUGGUUCAAUACAAUCUUUUUCAAUUUCAAUAUCAGAACCCAAAAUUUCGAAUAAGAAAACAGGCUGUGGGAUUGAAGCCAUUGGCGUGAAGCAGAGAGAGGUGGAGUGGAGCAGGAGAAGUUGCUAUGCAUUCAAUUCUAGCGUUAGAUUGCUUAUGGUGAGUCUUGGAGUGACAGUGAUGCAAGGCAGAGUACUCGGAAUUUUGAUCACAUCAAUUUCGGUCUACUUUUUUGCUUGGAUGCAGAUGGAGGAUUGUUGGUUGAAGAAGAAGGCAACAAAAUGUAUGGAAAAACGAGAAAAUAGGCAUUAAAUCUUCGACAUGAAAAAACUUUAUCGUUUGUGGGAGUUCUCACUAGUCAAAAGGACUGUGUUUUCUGUUCCUCUUCUUCUCCGUUCCAUUCUGUUUUCUUACGUUUUGAGAAGUCGUUUCCUUUAAGCCAGGUGUUGGAUUUUCAUGUUAGUCGAUCAAUUUGGUUGUGGAAGUUAAACCCAAUAGCAACGCUGGGUUUAAGUGUUGUAAUCUUAAGGCAUCAAUUACUCAUAUGGCUUUUAUAGUCGUACAAUUAAGGGCAAAAUGAACUUUAGUCUAAUCAAA